AUGUCAAAAGUUUCGUCAGCCAUUACAACGUAUUUUCGCCAAUAUUCAGCAAAGGAAUGGCGUAACUAUUUUCUUUCAACUCAUUUUUGGGGGCCGGUUGCGAAUUGGGGACUUCCUUUGGCAGCGAUUGGUGAUUUGAAGGUAUUUCUUACUCAUUUCAUCGAUGAUUAUGCGAUUUAUGUCUUCGAGAGCAAUUUCAUAAAAACUACAUUAGGAUCACGCUGCCGCUUUUCAGAGUAUAUUUCUCUUUUUAUUUAAAGUCAUUGGAACAAAAAAAUUAUGUUCAGUUUGAUCAUCAUCAAGAUUUUGUUUCAGAAAAACCCCGACAUGAUCUCGGGCAACAUGACGACUGCGUUGUGCAUCUACUCGUCUGUGUUCAUGCGCUUCGCCUGGCACGUGCAGCCGCGAAAUUUGCUUUUGUUCGCCUGUCAUUUGUGUAACUUCACAGCGCAGUCAGUUCAGGUGGGCACAUCGAGCCGACAAUACAAAUUAUUUACAAUUUUAAGAAGGUUAAGCCACCGUAAACUCGUUAGAGUUCACACUUACUUCUGAAUAAAUUAUUAUUACUAUUAUUGAAAGAAUUCUUCCUCAAUAGUUUUUCAAAAAUAGUUCAAAAGAUAACGUUGGAAGUUUCGAAAGUCACGGUGUUCAAAGUUGUUUCGGCAAAAUUUGAAGAUAUCUCUGACUCACCAAAUUUUUCAUUAUAUUUUUCAUUCGGACGUUCGUUUAUAUUUUGCCAAAACUAGUCUAGAGUAAAAAGAAGGCAAAGAUUCGCCUGUUGAGCGAAAUUUCAUUCAAUAUAAUCCGCUAGUUUUUCUCAAAGUUUUUAAUGACUCAGGUUGUGUUCAGAUAGUGGGACCAAGAGAGAAUACCUUAUUGUUUUUUCGUAUUCAUAUACAGCACCCUUAAAUUAAAGUUAUAGUCUCAAAAACAAUAAUAUGAUUUCUAUAAGAUUAUAUGUUUAUCUGUUUCGAAAUGAAUCUAAUUAUAGAUUCAUUUCGAAACCUUCCUUUUUUCACAUUAAAUUUAUCCCAAUCAGCUGAAAUUUAUAGCUCAUAUUUUAGAGCGAUCAAGUAGGUCUUGAAUGACCUUCUCAGGUCACAAAAAAAGAGUCAAAUUUUGAACUUCGAAAAAAAGAGUUUUAUCUUGAAUCAUGCGUGUAUCUGAAGACCUAAAGGAAGCAGAAAGGCUCCGCAUCGUUUUUCAAAAGAACUUAUGGUCUCCUGCUCUUAUCAAACUAUUGUACUGUGCUUCCAGUCCAUGUAUCUUAUAGGAGCGCAUUUUUCAACUUUCGCAAACAAAUAUUCAAUAAUUUUUCGAAAAUUUCAUAAACUUUUUCAUUCAUCUUUGCUAAAAAGCCCAAGUGCAAAUUUUUUGUCGUUUAUCGUUUCUAGCAUCCCCGAAGAUAUUUAAUCAGUGUCAUAGCGCGAUUUUUCGAUUUGAAUUCAGGCUCAAAUAUCUUUGAUGAUUGGCUUUUUUAAUUUCACCAAGUUUCAGGUCAUUCGUUGAAGUUCGAAAAAUGAACUUAUUUUAAAAAUUUUACAUUCUCAAUUCCAACUACUUUCUAAAACUAAUCGUUCCUCAUUUCGAUAUAAGCAGCCGUAUGCUUCUUUCCAACGGCCAAAAUAGUUUUGCUCCACCCUGUAUAAGUUCACUAAAACGAUUUUGUUGAAUAGUAAAAAAUUUCAGCUGAGUCGGUUCGUCAACCACAACUACCUGCAUAUCGUCGAAGACCCCGUGGCCGAGAAAAUGCGUCUCGCGCGAGAAAAGCAACCGGUAGCUGUGAAGAGUGCAUGA